AAAAUGUAAUUUACAGAUCGGGCACGAUCCUGCGAACUCAUUUUUCACCAUCACUGUUCACGCGGGUCUUUCUCGACGAUGGCGCUGCAACAGAGCCCACGUGCGUGGGUUCCCGUGCCAUGCGAGAACCCAUCGGCAGCGCCAUGUCACCGCUCGUUGCACGUGUGCGCUGUGCGCAAGGACUCGCUCUACAUCUUCGGAGGCUAUGAUGGCUCCAACCGCAUCAACGACUUUUACGAGUUCAACUUCAAGCGUAAAUUGUGGUCGGUAGUUCUGGCCAUUGGCUCUGCGCCGAGCCCGCGCGACCGCCAUGUUGCUGUGGUCUACAAAGAUUCAUUUUAUGUGUUCGCGGGCUUCGACGGCAGCUCCCGCGUCAAUGACUUUAUAGAGUACAACUUCUUGACACAGAGGUGGAGCAACGUCGUGGUUAGUGCUGGGUUGCCGCCUACUGCUCGACACAGCCAUGCUGCUGUGGUGUAUGACAAAUCGAUGUAUUGUUUCGGAGGAUACGACGGUAGCUACAGGAACGACUUUCAUGAGUUCAAUUUUGAAACAAAUACCUGGUCGCUAGUGGCAGCCACAGGACGCGUUCCUCGACCUCGGUAUCGAUCCUCGUUGGUGGUGCAUAAUCACACGUGCGUUCUGUUUGGUGGCCACGAUGGGUCUCGCCACCUCAACGAUGUCCACGUAUAUGACUUCGAUACUCGAGUCUGGUCGUUGCUGGCAACGGAGGGCCCAGCACCAAUUGCUCGUGAUAGUCAUGUUGCUGUCAUCCACUCGAAUUCCAUGUACAUAUUCGGUGGCAGCACGGGCACUGCAGUGAACGAUUUCUACGAGCUUGAUUUGGAGGUGAAUACGUGGCAACCGAUGCAGUUUAAUGGUCAACCACCAGGACAGCGCUUUUGCCACGUCGGCGCCGUUUACGACUCCAGCCUGAUCAUCUUCGGCGGCUACGAUGGAAGUAGUCGGCUUAAUGACUUUAAGCAGUUCCGUUUUGGAGAGGAAGAGUUUCAACUGGAGAUUCCGGAGAGCACACUGAUUGAUGAUCUGAGGAUGUUGGUGAACAACGACAUUAUGAGCGAUGUGACUUUUAUUGUUGAGGGAAUUCCUGUGUAUGGACACAAGAUUUUGUGUAUCCGCUGCAACUACUUCAACGCGAUGCUGACAGGAGAGAUGCUGGAGAGUCGAGCACGAGAGAUCCAGAUCACCGACGUGCGUCGCCCAAUUUUCAUUUCGUUGAUGGAGUAUCUCUACACAGACUACUUGGACGUCGCCGUUGAUGUGGCGAUGGAGCUGUUUGUCACUGCUGACCGGUACGGAGUUGAACGCUUGAAGCGCAUCUGCGAAAGUAAAAUGCUCGGAUCGUUAUGUGUCGAGAAUGCUGCUAGUAUUUUCCACGCUGCAGACCUGCACAACGCAACUGUGCUACGAGACCAGUGCGUCGCCUUCAUGCUGCACAACUUCGACGCCGUGACGAAAACCGAUGCCUUCGAAGAAAUGGGCCGAACCAAUGUUGAAUUGGUCUUCGAACUACUGAAGCGCCGUUAGAACUUUACAAAAGUGCACCGAGCAGGCUUUCUUGUCCAACUUUAUAGAAUAAAAACUUUAAAACACCGUAGUUCUCUUGGCCGCAAUUAUUCGUCAAAGGAACGAAUACGGUUAUGUAUUGAAGCUCU